AGAUUCAAUCAAUGAAAUCUGACAAAACACCCACACCCCAUUGUAAAUUCACCUUGACCCACUUCAUAUUUGUCAAUUCAGUAUCCACUGCCACGAUAAUCCCUUUUUCUACCGAUUCCACACUCAAUUCGUUACAAUUGAUCGGCCGAUCCAAUGACACAAAUGUAUACCAAUUCAAUUCUACUCUCUCUCUCACUCAUCGGACUCGUCCUGAUCGGCAAUGUCCGGGCAGCACCGUCAGAACAAUUCCCGGUGGUGUUAAAAUACCACAUGGGUCCGGUACUGAGCAACAAUAUAACCGUGCAUCUCAUUUGGUAUGGUUCCUGGAGCUCAGGUGAGAAGCGGAUCAUCCGAGCAUUUAUUAACUCCAUCUCGGCUUCUCAGUCCCCCUCGCCGUCGGUGGCCCAGUGGUGGAAAGCUCUAGAAACCUACACGGACCUAACUGGUUCGAAAGUGACUCAGUCAGUCACUCUGGGACAGGAGAAGAACGACCGUUUGUCCCACGGUCGAAAACUCACCCGUCUGGCCGUGCAAUCUGUGAUUAGCACAGCCAUUCGAGCCAAAACCAACCCGUUACCCGCCGAUCCCACCGGAGGGUUAUAUCUGGUUCUAACCUCAAGCGACAUCAUUGUAGAAGGCUUCUGCCGGAGCAUCUGUGGUUUUCACUACGUCACGUUCCCGUCUAUCGUGGGCUACACGUUGCCAUUCGCAUGGGUGGGCAACUCGGAGAAGAUGUGUCCCUCCUUAUGCGCUUUCCCCUUCGUAGUGCCGGAAUACAUGCAGGGUGUUAAGGCGUUAAAACCCCCCAACGGACAGCCCGGUGUGGAUGCUAUGAUCAGCGUAAUUGGACACGAGCUAGCUGAGCUUGCCACAAAUUUUUUGCGUAACGGCUGGUACGCAGGCGAUGAUCCUAACUUUCAGACGGAGGUUGGAGACUUAUGUGAAGGACUGUAUGGCCGCGGGGGUGGCGGAGCAUACGUAGGAGAGAUUCUGACCGAUGCAACCGGAGCCGCUUAUAAUUUAAACGGCUACCGUCGAAAGUUUUUAGUCCAGUGGAUAUAUAGUAACGUUGGAAAUCGUUGUGUUGGUCCGAAUUAAGUCUGUUUUAGGUUUAAUCGGUUCUUAAUUAGUAGUUUAAUGGGUCAACUGGGCAAUUGUUAGGGUGUUUUUAACAUGUUUAUCUUAUGUUUGGUUUAUUAAGUAGUGGGCUUUUGAAUUAUGGGUCACCUUCUCAGAUUUGCAGGGUUAAUGGGUCGUAUGUUAGUAUAUAUUUCAAGAAAAGUUUUCAGUUGUAGUUG